GAUUUCCUGGUUUGCACUUUGAAUCGGAGUUUGUGUUCUCGACAGCGGGUGUUAGUAGUUGGUUGGCUGGUUUUGCCCUGCCUGUGACCAACCCCGUCACAAGUUAUCGUUCAAACGGCAGGACAAAGUACAGCGCCGGAGAUAACAAAACUCCACACCACACACACAGUGGUGGACAGGCCGCUUGGAGAUCAAAAGGCGCAGAGAGGGAAAUUAAAGGGGCUUUGGCUUGAAAGUAGCGGCAAGGCUGUUGAGAAGACUUGGAUUGAUUUAACCACCACUGAUUCAUCUCGGAGCCACACGGACAUCGUCCUCUGCGAAAGGGCCAUGAUGUUAUUAUAGCCUUUACCUUUCAUGAUGCCUCCUGCUAUAACAGACAUCUUGGAUAUCUGGGCAGUUGACUCCCAGAUCUCAGUGGAUAACAGCAUCACUGUCGACUUCCUGCUACCAACCGGGAUCUAUAUUCAGUUGGAAAUCCCCCGGGAGGCCACCAUUGAAUAUAUCAAAUUGCAAUUAUGGAGGCAGGCGCAGAGUUACCCACUGUACAGUGUCCUUGGAGAAUCAGACUCCUACAUGUUCCAAUGCGUGAACCAGUCGGCGGUGCAUGAGGAGCUGGAGGACGAGUCUCGCCGUCUCUGUGAUGUCCGACCUUUCCUCCCUGUUCUGAAGCUUGUGGCUAGGAAUUGUAAUCGGUCCGAAAAACUGCUUGACUCAAAAAUUGGCGUUCUCAUUGGGAAAGGUCUUCAUGAAUUUGAUGCACUGACGGACCCGGAGGUGAAAGAAUUUCGCAGCAAGUUGCGCAAGAUCAACGAGGACAACAUGUUGAAGCGUCAGGGGCAGUCCUGGAUGGACUGGUUGCAGCACAACUUUCCACCUGAAAUUGUAGCAACCACUUCGAACAGUGCUGAUGACAAACUGCACAAGGAACAGUUCCUUGUGGUGAUUCGAUUUGACAAUUGUCGGGAUAUCUUCAAUUUCCAAAUAUCUCCUGACUUGAAACCGUUUGGCUUGAACGAACUUGCCAUCAGGAAACAGAUGACCAACCAUGGGAAGGAGAACGAGGACUUCAAUCCCCGAGAUUUUCUGCUGUGCGUGAGUGGGAAGCAGGAGUACUUGUUUGGUGAGGAACCACUGAUUCAGUUCCAGUAUAUCAGGAACUGUGUGUUAAAUGGAACCCACCCUCAGUUGACUGUGAUGGAGUGCAGAGUCAUCAAAGAGCUGUGUGAUCUAGAAAUGUCAGCCAUUGGUAUGGCCUUACAUCGGAAAAUAUCCUCUGCUCCUCUUCCUCUUCCACCGAAGAAACGGGCUAUUUCUCAAAUGACGAAUAGUAUUUGGGAUGUAAAUGUUCCUUUCAAGAUUGUUCUUGUCCGAGGGAAUAAAGUAAAUGCAGAUGAAGCUUUGCGGGUUCAAAUCAGGGCCGGCAUUUUCCAUGGAACUGAGCUCCUGUGUGAACCUGCUGUAAGCAGCGAGGUCUCUGGAAAGAAUGAUCUCGUCUGGAACGAGACGCUGGACUUUGAAAUUAACAUCUGCGACCUGCCGAGAAUGGCUAGACUCUGCUUUGCAGUCUAUGGAGUGAUGGACAAAGUGAAGAAACAAAAGUCAACGAAGAACGUGACUAAGUACCAAACCAUUCGGAAAGCAGGAAAAGUACAUUAUCCAAUUGCAUGGGUGAAUACGAUGGUGUUUGACUUCAGGGGUCAGUUGAAGAACGGUAGCCUCUCACUGCACUGUUGGUCAUCUUUUCCGGAUGAACUGGAAGAGAUGCUGAACCCAAUGGGUACGACACAGACUAAUCCAUACACUGAGAAUGCAACUGCUCUGCAGAUCCACUUCCACGAAUACAGCAAGGCACCCAUCUUCUACCCUGCUUUUGACAAGAUUUUGGAGAAGGCGGCUGAGAUUGCACGAAGCGGCGACACACUAAGUACUGCAGGCCGAGGAUGGAAGAUAUUGCACAUUGAACUAAAAGAAAUCAUGGAACGCGAUCCAUUAUCUCAACUGUGUGAAAAUGAGAUGGAUUUAAUAUGGACUCUGCGAUAUGACUGCAGGGAAAACUUUCCUCAGUCACUACCCAAACUGCUGCUCUCUGUCAAGUGGAAUAAGCAUGAAGAUGUGGCUCAGCUCCAAGCAUUGCUCCAAAUCUGGAACAAACUACCACCCCGGGAAGCGUUGGAAUUACUGGACUUCAACUACCCAGACAUAUAUGUACGGAUGUAUGCUGUGGCAUGCUUGAGUGAAAUGAGUGAUAAAGAACUCUCUCAGUAUCUCCUACAGCUGGUGCAAGUACUGAAAUAUGAGCCAUACUUCGACUGUGCACUUUCCAAAUUUCUCUUGGAGCGGGCACAAGCCAACAGGAGGAUAGGCCACUUCUUGUUUUGGCACCUCAGGUCUGAAAUGCAUCUGCCUACCAUUUCACUGCAGUUUGGGUUGAUCCUUGAAUCGUACUGUCGAGGAAGUAUCACGCAUAUCAAAGAACUUUCCAAACAGAUGGAAGCCUUGAAUAAGAUGAAAGCUAUCAAUAAUCUAGUGAAAAUUAGCUCCCUGAAGGUGGCAAAGAAUAAACUGAAGGAUGUGAUGCAUACCUGCUUAAAACAGCCUGUGUACAAGGAAGCUUUAUCUGACAUCAAGUCACCACUCGAUCCCAGUGUAAUCCUGUCUGAGCUGAAUAUAGACAAAUGUAAGUACAUGGAUUCCAAAAUGAAGCCUCUUUGGAUUCUAUACAACAAUAAGAUGUUGGGAGGAGACCCUGUGGGAAUUAUCUUCAAAAAUGGCGAUGAUCUUCGACAGGACAUGCUGGCUCUGCAAAUUCUGCACUUGAUGGACUUGCUGUGGAAGGAGGCAGGCUUGGACCUCAGAGUUCUGCCUUAUGGCUGCCUUGCAACGGGAGAUAGAUCUGGCAUUAUUCAGGUGGUUUCUGCUUCAGAAACAAUAGCCAAUAUACAACUCAACAACAGUAAUGUUGCUGCUACUGCUGCCUUCAACAAAGAUGCUUUGCUGAACUGGAUUAAAGAGAAGAAUUCUCCGGAUGCCUUGGAGCGAGCAAUUGAGGAGUUUACGCUGUCGUGUGCGGGCUACUGUGUAGCGACGUAUGUACUCGGGAUUGGGGACAGACACAGCGACAACAUCAUGGUCCGUGAAACUGGUCAGCUCUUUCAUAUAGACUUUGGCCACAUCCUUGGCAAUUUCAAGUCCAAGUUUGGGAUUAAGAGAGAACGUGUGCCUUUCAUUCUUACCCACGACUUCAUUCAUGUCAUCCAACAAGGGAAAACUGGAAACACAGAGAAAUUUUGCAGGUUUCGUCAGUGUUGUGAAGAUGCCUAUUUGAUUCUCCGCAAGAACGGAAACUUGUUCAUUACGCUGUUUGCCCUCAUGUUGACAGCAGGUCUACCCGAACUAAGCUCCAUCAAAGACAUCCAGUAUCUCAAGGACUCGCUGGCUUUGGGAAAAACCGACGAGGAUGCCUUGAAGCAGUUUCGACAGAAGUUUGACGAGGCCCUUCGUGAGAGCUGGACUACUAAAGUGAACUGGAUGGCUCACAUUGUGGCCAAAGACGGGCGGUCCUAGCAAGAAGUGAAAAUACUACAGGCUUAUCAAAUUGUGGAACAUCUGACUUGUGCCCCAAAUGGCAGGGCAAUCCCCAUUCGUUGCACUCCAUGCCUUCCAGCACAGUUAGAACGUUGCCUAAUUCAAAGUGUAUAUAUUGCAGGACCCUGUUAGCUUGGCAUGCUACUGGUUGCUUCAUUUUUAUUGGCAUGGCACGCGUGGAAGAGGUGUAAAUAUUUCAGAUGUUAGGGAGGAUUGCUGUACAAACAUUGAACGCUACUACUGGAGAUUGUAGCAACAGUGGACACUGUUCAUUUUAGUAUCUAUUUAUAGUAGAUUUUUAAGUUUAAAAGAAAAGACUUGAAAUAAAUUUCUUUAAGUUUAAAGUUUUUAAUUAAAAAAAGUCAAAGGCUUAAAGAUCACGGCAGGGUUCCAGUGAACAGGAAUUGAAUUCAGUAUUUAUAUUAUUCUGGAUUGGCAAUUAAUACCAAUCCGUUGUACAAGCAUUAAACUUUAUCAGUCAUUCCCCUCUUGGGCAACCAUAACUACUCCUUCAUUGACGAUAUUAUCAGAGUCAUUUAUUUAAAAAUCAAAGAAAAUUCUGUUAAGCCGACAACCUUGUUGAAUAGCAUGAUGUGUUGAGAAUGAGGAAAGAACUGGGUAUUUUUAUACUGAGCACAUAUCUACCCAUGACACUAUUCUGGUUUCUUAUUUAAGGGCCAGAAAGAAUUCAGUAUCCAUGUUGCUGUGACCUUAGCGCUGAAUAAGGACAGACUGUCACUCAGCUUUGUGAUCUCUCGUCAAUUGACAUUUUCCUGAGUGAUUCACUCUUUCAGCGCAGUCUUUAUUCCCUUGAUAUGCAAGAACUUUUACUGUUCGGUUUUCUCUUUGCAGUUUACAUGGGACAAAAAAUGAGAGCUCUGUGCAAUUUCAGGUGGUGUUUCCAUGCAUUGUUAGCAACUGGGUUCUAUUAAUUUCAAACCACCCAUCUGUCAUUCAGCUAUACUUUUUAAGUGCCCUAAUAUAUCCUUUAAUCAUUUUCCAAGUGCUGUUGCAGAUAGUUCCAUUCUCAAGUGUAAUAGACCCCCUACCCAUGCCGUGUCCUUUGUGGAAGGUACAUAUUGUAGAGGUAAAGGGCCUGUCCCACUUACGUGUCCUUGGCACGCAUAUUACGCGACCUCGUGGUUGCGUCGAGGAGCGACGGUCCCGCGCGAUUUCAUGCGCCUGCACAGCCAUCUGGAGCGCG